CCAACAGACCUGGAAGAGAGACUUUGUCUUGGAGCUAACUCCUGUGCAUUUUGAGAUCAUUCAUCAUGAAGUAUGUAGUACAGGAAUGGCUCAGAGUAACUACCUUGCUAUUCAUAGCUCAAGCAAUUUCUGCAAUGGUUCUUCCCAAUGCCACGCUCUUAGAGGAACUUUUGGAAAAGUACAUGGAUGAAGAUGGUGAGUGGUGGAUCGCCAAGCAGAGAGGGAAAAGGGCUAUCACAGACAGUGAUAUGCAAAGUAUCUUGGAUCUUCAUAAUAAAUUACGGGGUCAGGUGUAUCCACCAGCUUCCAAUAUGGAAUAUAUGACGUGGGACACAGAACUGGAGAGAUCUGCAGAGUCAUGGGCUGAAACCUGUCUAUGGGAGCAUGGGCCUGCAAGCCUUCUUCCAUCAAUUGGGCAGAAUUUGGGGGCACACUGGGGAAGGUACAGACCUCCAACAUUUCAUGUCCAAGCAUGGUACGAUGAAGUGAGAGAUUUCACGUAUCCCCAUCCUCAUGAAUGCAACCCAUACUGUCCUUACAAAUGCUCUGGUCCUGUUUGUACGCAUUACACACAGGUUGUUUGGGCUACAAGUAGCAGAAUCGGUUGUGCAAUUAAUUUGUGUCAUAACAUGAACAUCUGGGGACAGAUUUGGCCAAAAGCAGUCUAUCUUGUAUGCAAUUAUUCUCCUAAGGGUAACUGGUGGGGUCAUGCUCCUUAUAAACCUGGCCGCCCUUGUUCCGCAUGUCCUCCUAGUUUUGGAGGAGGUUGCAGAGAAAAUCUUUGUUACAGAGAGGAUUCAGAAAGGCCUUAUUCUCCCCACGAACCAGAAGAGGAAACCAAUGAGAUUGAACGGCAGCGAUCCAAAGCCCAGGACGCAGCGGCGCAAAACCGGCCAAGAAGUCAUUCACCUUCAGGCUCCACAGGCAAUGAUGACAGUGAGAAAAAUGAAGUAAUAAGCACACAGCAAAUGUCUCAGAUCGUUUCAUGUGAAGUAAGGCUAAGAGAUCAGUGCAAAGGAACAACUUGCAAUAGGUAUGAAUGUCCUGCUGGCUGUUUGGAUAGCAAAGCCAAAGUUAUUGGAAGUGUACAUUAUGAAAUGCAAUCCAGUAUUUGUAAAGCUGCCAUACAUUAUGGCAUCCUAGACAAUGAAGGUGGUUGGGUUGAUGUCACUAGGCAAGGAAGGAAAAAUUACUUUAUCAAGUCUUACAGAAAUGGCAUUCAGUCAAUUGGAAAAUACCAGUCUGCUAACUCCUUCACUGUCUCUAAAGUAACAGUUCAAGCUAUCACCUGUGAAACAACAGUGGAACAAUUGUGCCCAUUUCAAAAACCAGCCUCACACUGCCCAAGGGUGUAUUGUCCUCGCAACUGUAUGCAGGCAAAUCCACACUACGCUCGUGUAAUUGGAACACAAAUUUAUUCUGAUAUAUCCAGUAUCUGCCGGGCAGCAGUACAUGCUGGUGUAGUCCGCAACCAGGGCGGUUAUGUUGAUGUUAUGCCAGUAGACAAAAGAAAGGUGUACGUUGCUUCCUUUCAAAAUGGGAUAUAUUCAGAAAGUUUACAGAAUCCUCCAGGAAGCAAGGCAUUCAGACUAUUUGCUGUUGUUUGAGUCUAGCAAGUAAGAUGUAAAACAAGCAAGUGAAACCAGAGCACUUGGAAGAGAAUAAUAAAGGCCAUUUCUUAUAAUUCCUAAAAUCUGUAUAAAGCUGUAACAUUAUUGUACAGAAGAUGUAUACUGCUUUCCACCAAAAAGUUUAAAUUACAUAUAUAUCUUAAUGAACAAAAUCUGUAAAAGUAAACAUGGGAGAAAAAUUCAUUUGAAAAUCUAUAAUGAUAUAUAUCAAUAUUUUGAAUCCUGUGUUAAAUAUUGCUAUAUUUUCUUAGCAGUUACUCCUAUACAGUUAAUUCAAAGCUCAUAAAUGUUCUUUGUUUUCUUCAUCUGAAUAUAUUAUUGUAUGGUGCUUUAUAUAUGCCACUAACAGUAACCUUAAAACUAUACCAUAGGGAGGCCUGAGUUUUUAUUUCCAAUGUACAUAAAAGAAGCCAUCCCAAUAAUUCAAUAUAAUAAAUCAUGCCUUAAAGUAAAAUAAAAAAAUAUAUAACUUUUUGAUGAUUUACAGUAGCAUUAGCCAUGCAAGCAUAAAUGAA